CAGUCGUUAUCAGUUUGGCGUGGUUGUAUUUAUUAGCAAUCUCACGGUUCUAUCAGUUCUGAUACCGAAGUUUGUUCAGCAUGUUCAACAGUGUGCAGCUAAUUCUCAAAACGUUUGGGAUGAAUUAGUUUCUUUCGGGCUACCUAUAGGUGAUAAUUAUAUACAAAUGAAAAGGAUUUUUCAAUAAUCAAGUGUGCCAAUCGUUAACGCAAUGAACCGAAGUGGAAACUAUACAUUUCAAAGCCUUGACUCUACUAGCAAUGACACUGGCGAAGAAUGGAUGAAAUCCGAUUCAACGUGUACUUUAGCGGAAAGCGAAAUCACAGCGAAUGAUCCAAAGAAAGUGAAACGAAGAGUACGCAACAAUGUUCGUAGUACAAGAGUCGAAUCCGCUUACACACCCCAUAACCGAUUGUCACGGUACAAACCUGCCUUGCGUAAUAUUGUUCCAUUCCGUGUGAGCAGUACAGGAACCAGCGAUUUACCCGUGGACAAGAUAGGCUGUUUUUCCAAUAGCUCAUUCUCCUGGAUUCGUAAAUUUUUUAUUACUCGAGAACAACAACGAGCAUAUCAAAGCUUAUCGACAAGUAACUGGAACAACAAGCAAGAUGAAGUAUACCUUCUUCCCAAGACGCCGUACAGUGAUAGCUGUGAAGUGAAUUGCCGUCGAUUGCUCGGUAUCUAUAACUAUAACGAGACGCUCAAUGGGCGCAAGAAAGUGUCCAUGCUCAAGGUUAUCUGGAGAUUCACGAGAACUCGACUAAUAAUUGCUAGCCUUUUUCACUGCUUUGCAAUUUUCCUUAUCUUCUUGGGAGUGGUUUUAUUUUCCAAUAUGACUGUUGAAUCAAUGCAGACCGUUGUAUCUACCAGUUGCCAAAACUGCACAGCUAUUUCGAACUGUUCAAGUGCUCCAUCGAAAAUUCUUGGGAUACAGUUCGAAAUGAAUAAUAAUGGCUGUAAAAGUGCUUCAAAAAUUCAAUCAAUGGACGGACGCAAUGAUCGUAUACUGCUAUCACUGGGAGUGUUGCUUUGCUUUUUUAUCGCGAUGAUCUUCAACAGUGUAAAAAACUGGCUAAACCUAAGAACUGCGGUACGGUUACGCACCGCCGUGUUGUCUUCAAUUUACAAGAGGGCAAUGAAGAGUAGCAUAGUGAAUAACAUCUCCGCUCAUCAAAUAAUGACAUUGACUAAUGAAGAAAGCGAAUUUGUUUUCAAGUUGGUCGAAUCAGUCGUACAAUUGUUUGGUAUUUCCAUCGGAUUGAUCUUGGCAAUCAUUAGCGGCUUUAUUCUGUUGCCAAUAUCUGUCGUAUUAAUUUCGUUUGGAGUUUGUCCGCUAUUGGUGCUUUUGUUUAUAAUAGGCAACAUUUCCAAAAUUUAUUAUAGAAAAUUUCUUGCUUUUGGAGUCAAAAAGCACUCUAUAGUUGAAGAAAUCUGUUUUGAGUUUAAAAACAUCAAGGUGCUUCAAAUGGAGAGCAUUUAUAAGGAUCGUUUCAUGAGUUAUUUAGAUCGUCAAUAUGGAGCACUUCGAUGGUGUAAUAUUUAUUCCACUAAAGCUUUGGGAGGUGUCACGUCUGCCAUUCUAGUUGGAGGCCUAUAUCUAAUCUGGUGCGAUACAAACAUUAAAACAGAAAGUACAGAGGUAUUGAUCCUUCUAUUAGUGUUUGCAUACCAUGUACAAAACCUGAUGUUAGACUUUUGCAACUGCAUAAACAACUUCAUCCAAGGAAAAGCAACUCUUGACAAAAUUAAACAUUCGUAUCAACUCCUAUGCCCGGAUAAUGUCCGACUCAAGCCCAAUCGAGAAAAUUUAGCUAUUCAAGCAAAUAAUACUGAAGCGGGUUGGCCACCGGUGGAUGGUGACGAUAACCGUCAAUGUAAAUUUAAGUUAUGCCUAGAAAAUUUCGAAAUUGUCUCCGGUCAGAUCAUCGGUGUGACAGGUCAUUCUGGAGGCGGAAAAACCACAUUGCUACAUACUCUUCUGCGUAAUGUAGAGAUUCAAAAAGGCAGAGUUUUACAUCGCGGAAAAUUGGCUUUCUUCCCGUCGGAACCGGUACUUUUAAAUGACAGUUUAAAGGAGAAUGUUCUAUUUGGAGAACCGUUUGAUGCACAGAGAUACUACCUAGCUGUUCACGCUGUGGAACUUAACGAGGAUGUGCUACAGGCAGCUGGUGCAGAUGAUAUACCGAUCGUUUAUCUUGAGCUUACAACGCAACAAUUGGAGCGCAUUACUUUGGCUCGUGCAGUCUACUGCCAUCGGCAGAUAAUACUACUGGACGAACCUCUCAACCGUUUCAGUGAUCGCCAUAAAGCAAAGCAUCUAUUUUCUCAAGUGUUAACCAUCUUAAGACAGGACAAUAAAACAGUUAUCGUGGGAACUCAAUGGAAUGAGUUACUUCAAUAUUGUGAUCGCGUUUUUCGAAUAGACGAUGGUGCCAUAUAUCGCGAAGGUUGCUACGCCGAAAUUCUAAACAUGCCAUCACAUGUUGAAAUGACCCGAAAAUGUAACAUUGCUACGGUGUGCCGUGGUUAUGGGCAGCCAAACGCAACUGGAAGCGAUCCUGCUGCAUUAUACAUUGCUACUAAUGCGUUUUGCAAAAGAAACAGAAGAUCUGCUUCGGUCGAAAACGAUACAGAGCAACCGCAAUCUGCUAAACAGACACUCGCAUCGAUGACAAUUCAAAGUUUCUCCAUUUGUGAUAUUCUGCUUCUAAUCGUGAUGCAUCUACUCAAUGGCGUACUGUAUUUUGGACCAGUUCUUAUGCUCAUAGUGAUUGUAGAACAGGGUGAUAUCAAUCCAUGGCUCAGUACACUCUGCCUAGGUGUAAUUGUUUGCACUCUUGUCAUAGACAGUGUUUCGAAGAUCUACGUUGCACGUAUUUCAACCAAUCGGAAUCGUUCAUAUCAAGAGAAAUUGCUUGAUCAGCUGAUGAGGGGUUCUUUAACAUAUCUGCAACAUACGAGCGUAUCAGACGUGCUCAACCUGUUCACUGAUAACAUCUCAACGGGAUUCAUUGAAAUCGACAGUUGCAUAUUUCAGGCAACUAUGGUUCUACUUUCGGCAACAGUUCUGGUGAUAGCCAACUUUUGGGCUGCUUGCGUCGUAUCCGUUCUAUUGACGGUGUCCGUAGCGCUCAUCUACUAUGUACAGUACAGUUUACAACAUCUGUAUAAUCAUGAACAUCUCUCCCGACGGCAAAUGUUUGCGAUACUAACCAACCACCUAGCGGGUCGAGCCGUUAUACAAUCGUUUGAUUCUGUUUCCAGUUUUGUACAAAAGUUCUAUGACAACGUGGAAGAAAACAGUACCGCGAUAUACAUGCAAAGGUCAAUUCAGUUUUUCGUUCAGUUCUGGGUCAAUUUCGUUGCAUAUUUCCUAGGCAUCAGUGCCCUACUUGUAAUUCUCCUGUUCACAUCACAGUCCGAAGUUUCGAUCCAUCGCUAUAUUCUAGCUAUUUUCGGAUACCUCUCAAUGAUUCGUAAUCUAGAAAAAUUUGUAGAACACACUUUACUAACCAUGAUCGCUCACAAGAAGAGGACUAUUCUCAAAACUGACAUUUCGCAACUUCAAUGCUUAAAAGAAGUUAAAGAUCCGGCGUCACUUACAAACUCAGAUAUAGGAGUGUCGGUUGUCAUUCGCGACGUUGUUUAUCGAGUGGCAAAUAAGAAAAUGCUAAAAAUUCCAAGCCUUCGCAUACAAGCAGGUGAAACAGUUGCGAUUAUUGGCACUGGUAGCGACCUUAUCAUUCCACUGCUUUGUCGAAUAAUUUCACCCAAUCAGGGUACGGUUAGCUUGAAUCAAAUCGAUAUAACGCGGCUGAAAACUGAUCAGUUGAGAGAACAAAUUGGUGUAAUUCCAGCUAAUCCUAGACUACGUGCUAUUUCAGUUAGUACUUUUCUAAAUCCGGCUGGAAAAUUAACUUCAACGCAAAUCAAUGAUGUGCUGAAGACAACCGGGUUGUUCGAGGCCAUUGCCAACCUACAGAACAAGCUUGAUGAUGUUGUCGAUAAUCUAUCGCUUAAACACAGACAAUUACUUUGCUUGGCGCGAUGCUAUUUGCAGAAGCCCGCGCUAUUAUUGUUGGAACAAAUUCACCCAGAUGCCUGCGAAAUCAUUAAACAGGCAGUAAGAACAAAGUUCGCUGAACAAACGGUUAUUAUUAUUUGCACGCAUGAGGUUCAAUAUACCGGCGUGUGCGACAGGUUGAUCAACUUAGAUAGCUAGGUACUAGCAUUCGGAAUAUUCAUAACAAGUUUAAGUCUCAAAAAUAGUCACAGUCAAUUUCAUUUCAAUACCAUAAGAAAAAUAAACGUAUUU